GAAGAAGGCUGGGUGAAGCAGGCUGUGUGGACGAGUUAAGGAGAGCUGGCCUUGUUGGGGGGAGGUUUGUGCUGCUGCUGGGCUGAUGGAAGACGGGUGCAGCAGGUUGUCGGGCGGGCGGUGGGCAGACACACCCCCCGUCUGUGGCUUCGACCCGCGAUGCGAUGACGUCUUCCCUGGACAGACAGAAGCAGACGCUGGCAGGGUCAGGCACAUUGGGCGAGGCCCGGAAAUCGAAUUUUCUACACAGUACAGACAGAGAAAAAAGGGACAGCUUCACCAGGUUUACUGCGCCGCGCACCGAGGACACGCCGCCUUUUCUGAUACAUAGACUACUUUGCUCGCUGGAGGCGGGGAGGGGACGCCUUGCCGCAGACCGAGAUGAUCCGAUUGUCUGUGAAAAGGCCGUCUCACUUUGGGCGGGGCAACUGCUUGCCCCAUCUCGAAACAUGCACACCUGCCGUAAGGCUUUUAUUCUGCUUUUCCAGCCGGGCGUUGGCCUGCCAGAAUUUCCUCUGGCCGACAAAGACGACGUGGCCAUUCAUUGGGGCGAGGGGGGAGGAUCAAUUGAAACGGCUGCACCGCCUUGUGGACUCCGAAACCAGGCUGAUGUUGGACUGUGCCUCCAUACUUUAGAUCAAAGAGUCAAGAAAGUUGUUUGGAGAUUCACUAUCUGGCCUUUCCGAUACCCGUAGAUCUAGAGCGAGGCCAUGUAAAACUAAUGACCGCAUCUACUGUACUAAUCCUACAACAGCAGUAGGCUAGCUCUGGUAUACGAGAUCCCUUAGCGUAUUCCUACCUACACCAUCAAUCAGUCUCCAGCCUACUGCCAUAUCUGGUACCUAGACUACCCGAGCCCUCCAUAGUCUAUCACAGUACAGAUGGCGGGGAUCCAGAUCAACAUCACCUGCCCCGUAU